AUGCACUGGCUUCAGACGCUUCUAUUGUUGCCUUCGGCCGUCACUGCGACGUUGAAUCUGCAGCAGUACCGCCCUGCAGCGGCGAAGAAACUGUUUCCGGAACCGGCGGGAGGCCAGCAGAACGUGGUGCAAAAUGUCAUUUCCAAUUCUAAGGCGGCGAGGGAGCCGAAGUUUCUCACUGAUAAGACCCGAAAAUUCGUCGUGAACGGCACCAAGAUCCCCGAAGUGGACUGGGAUGUCGGCGAGUCCUACGCAGGAUUGAUUCCGAUUCACGCCAAUAAUGACACGAGCGAGAAGUUGUACUUUUGGUUCUUCCCGUCUGAGAAUCAAGAGACCGAGAAGGAGAUCGUAAUCUGGCUCACUGGUGGUCCCGGCUGCUCUUCGACUGGCGAGCUUCUCUCGGAAAAUGGUCCUAUGCUCUGGCAGCCAGGAAUGUUUAGGCCCAUCAGGAACAAAUGGAGCUGGCAUCGCAUCACGAACGUGGUCUGGAUAGACCAACCUGUUGGUGCUGGAUUCUCAACGGGCACGCCCACGGCAAAGGACGAGUUCGACGUCUCACGCCAAUUUCUCAGCUGGUGGCGUAACUUCAUCGAUACUUUUGACUUGAAGGGAUUCAAGAUAUAUGUUACAGGAUCUUCAUACAGCGGCAUGUACUGCCCAUACAUUGCCAGCGCCAUGAUCGACUCCAACGACAAAGACUACUUCAACGUCGGCGGUAUGCAGAUCUUCGACGGGACGUACUCAGUUGACAGCAUCGGAGAGGAGAUUCCCGCUCUAGCCUUUGCAGACCGUUGGGAGCACGUUUUCGCCUUCAACGACACCUUCCGCAAGACGUUGCGAGACGUCAACGAUAAAUGUGGCUACGCCGAUUACAUGCGCAAGUACCUUGUCUACCCUCCCUCCGGUCUACAGCCUGCUGUACCUCCGGGCGUCGACGGUAACGGCGAGGUCAAGACGGAGUGCGACAUUUGGACAAUGAUCGGGGAAGCUGCGGAGCAGACAAACCCCUGCUUCAGCGUGUACACGAUCACUGAUGGGUGCCCACUGAAGUAUGACCCGCUCGGCUUCAGUGAUGGUGCGAAUUACCGACCCAGGGGCUCCGGACAACCCUACUUCAACCGCGAUGAUGUUAAGAAAGCUAUCAACGCGCCAAUGGACAAGGAGUGGAAAUUCUGCACCGACGUUCCAGUGUUCCAGAAUAGCACGGACAACUCAAUCUUGGAUGGGCCUGGAAGCCAGCCUGUUCUUCCCAACGUCAUUGACAAAACCCGCAACGUCAUCCUCGCCCAUGGCACCAGGGACUAUGUUCUCAUCGACGACGGCACGUUGUUGACGAUUCAGAACCUCACGUGGGGUGGGCAGAUGGGAUUCCAGAUGAAGCCGACAGCCCCGCUCUACGUUCCUUACCACUCCAACGACAAUCCGGAGAACAUUGCUGGGGCUGGUGUCAUGGGUACAGUGCACUCGGAACGAGGACUGACAUACAUCGCUGUUUCCCAGGCAGGCCACUUUGUUGCCGCGGAUAUGCCCUCAGUCGCAUUCCGUAGCGUUGAGGUGUUGGUUGGCAGGAGAGACGGGUUCGAAUCGACGACUCCGCUGACCAUUGACCAAAACGCGUCCAUGCCCGUCGGUGACGUUGGAAACGGAACUGUUAUCAUGUUCCCGCAGUCAAUGGAGCCUGGAAGAGGGGUCUUGUCCAACCAGCCGGUGCCGAAAAACAGCAGCAGUUUUGCAACGGGCCCAGGAAGUGGGCAAGCGGUAUUUGCGUUUGGGUUCGCGGCCUUCGUGACGUUCAUGCUAGGCAUCUAG